UGUUUUGACAAGCAGCUCAGAGGAUCGGAGGAGCAGCAGUCCUGCGUCAGCUGAUCGGCCGUCUGUCUUGUGAUUAUUAUGAGUGUGAUGUGGACGGUUAUAACGCUUCAUAGCGGCAGUUCAGCGGGUGUGUAGUGUGUGUGUAGUGUGUGUGUGUUUCCUCGGGAUGCAUGGUGUGUGUUUGGGUAGUUAGCUGUUGUCUGGCUGGUCGGAGUGUGUAGAGAGGGUUUAAUCUGGCUGUGAGGUUGCUUUGCUAUAAAGAGGAAGGUGGUGUUUAGAGGCAGCUGGCAUGGCAGGAUAAACACACACACACACACUCUCUCUCUCUCACACACACACACACACUCUCACAUAUAUACACUGGUGAGCAUUUUGACCAAAAGAUGGAGUGUUGAUGGAGAAUUAGAGUCGCAGUGAAGACAUUCAGACUUUACUGCAGCUCUGUGUGUGUGUGUGUGUGUGUGUGUGUGUGUGUGUUGAUUGUUAUGGAGGGUAUUUGGUCAGAUCUUGGUGUUAGUGCUUUAACCAGGGUUUAAAGUGGUGAUGAAGAAAUGGACACACACACACACACACACAUGCACUGCAGCUGUGGACAAGGUGACUUCUCUGAGUGAUUUUCCAGGACUGUAGAGCUGAUACUAGUCUCCUGGAGCUGCUAAUGGUUGUGUGUAUAGGGUGUAAAAGGUCAGGGGUGUGAAGGAGACACCCAGAGACACCUGGAGUGGGCUGUUGGAGCCACCGAGCCUGAAGACAACAAACAGAGAGGAAGGAGAACAGGAGAGCUGGAGGACAACACACAGGGAACCAUGAAGCCUGAGAGAGAAGCGGCGGAGGAGUUUUUUGAGUACGACGCCGAGGAGUUCCUGGUGUCGCUCACGCUCCUGAUCACAGAGGGCCGGACUCCAGAAUGUUCUGUGAAAGGUCGAACCGAGGGCCUGCACUGCCCGUCCGCGCAGUCCGGUGGACCGGUCCUCACCAAACACGAAUGCAGCGACAAACUGCCUCAGUGUCGUCAGGCGAGGAGGACGAGGUCAGAGGUCAUGUUGCUAUGGCGGAAUCACAUCCCUAUUAUGAUCGAAGUGAUGCUGCUGCCUGACUGUUGCUAUAGCGACGAGGGUCUGGCCACAGACCUGAACGAUCCGGCAAUAAAACAGGACGCACUGCUGCUGGAGAGAUGGACACUACAGCCUGUCCCGAGACAGAGUGGAGAUCGGUUUAUCGAGGAGAAGACUCUGCUGUUGGCCGUACGUUCCUACGUAUUUUUCUCUCAGCUGAGUGCCUGGCUCAGCGCCUCUCACGGCAUCGUGCCCAGGAACAUUCUCUAUAGAAUAAGUGCAGCCGAUGAAGAGCUGAUCUGGAAUUUCGCCCAGUCGCCCUCGGAGCACUCCUUUCCAGUACCCAAUGUGUCCCACAGUGUGGCGCUCAAGGUGCGAGUUCAGUCAUUGCCCCGCCAGCCCAAAUACCCUGUGCUGAAGUGCAGCAUCCAUUCCGACUUCUCGUUCCUUGGCAAACGUACCCCUGAUCAUCAAGAGGGGCCAUUAGAAGGUGCAUAUAGUCGGGGUCAGACUAUCAGUGACCCUCCAAACCCCAUCAGACUCCAGAGUUCACCUCUUUUAUGCAGAUCUCUUCGCUCCCCGUUACCCCUUCAUGACAGAACCAGCCCCCUGAACCAGCGUAAAUGCCCCGAAUCGCCCAUCCUGCCUGGCAAAGCCGCAAAGCUACUGUUCUCUAGAACCAAUGGCGUCUUGGAAAGCUCAGGAAAGACGAAUGCGGAAUUGCCUUCACCGUCUUCGUCGCCAACACGCGAUUUUAAAUCGCUCUCAAAUCCCACAUUUUCAAACCCCAGCCUGAGUCCUCGCCCUUCCUCAGCUGAAACGAACCCCUUGAUCGGUUCACUGCUCCAGGAGAGGCAGGAAGUGAUCGCUCGUAUCGCGCAAAGGCUGAAUUUCUGUGACCCGACAUCACCUCAUCUUCUUCCCGACGCUCUCUUCACUCCUCCCGGGGAUGAAGGGACAUUUAAGAAGACCAAAGAUCCUCCCAGUGUCCAAACAAGUGACAGAAAUGGGACUAGGAACGGAGAGUGGAGCCAGACUUCUUCCUUUCAGACUCCGCUCAGCCCCAGGAGCCGAUCUCGAGUGGACCGAAGCGAACCGGAGGAGUCCAGGACUUCACCUAAACCGACGUCCUGUAGGCGGCUUCUGCUGUCUGCCGAUUCAAAAGAAGGUUCUAUGAUCAUUGAAGCGGUUCAGGAUAUCUCCCGCUUGAUUCAGGAGCGCCUUCAGUUGUCGCAAGAGCUCCUGCAUGCCAAAUACAAACAAUGCCGCGAGUCAUCUACACUCAUAUCCUCACCGAACCAAAACCAGUCCCAGAACCAUAGACAAAAUCAGAAUCAACACCAGACACAAAACCACAACCACCAGCUUAAAACCAACAGUCAUGCUAGCUAUGCUAACGGAACUAUAAACACAGCCAAUGGCGAAACCAGCUCAAACCUUCGAGUUCACACUGAGACACCUGACAGACGGGCCUUGUCUGAAAACCAGGGCCGGUCUGGACCCCAGAACAAGGAACCUAGUAUCACUAGACCUCAACCCCUAUCACAAACCAGCCAUGCAUACAGUGCCAAAAACGAUCCCUGGACUUCUUUACUCAACAGCCCUAAAAGCUCAUACAGCCUGAAUGGAGUGGCAGGAGUCAACGAUUUCAACCACCGUCAGGACCUUCAGGACCUCCAGGUUGGGAAGGAAAACCAGAGAAGAAGAAUAGAAACUCAGAUCCAGCCCAGUUCAAGCGUACCUGGUCAGGAUGAGGACCAAGAUCCCUGGUCCUCCCUCUCCAGCACGCCCACCAGCCUUAAUACCCAUCACUCCCCAAGCCCAGAUUGGACUCUCAACAAUACCGCACACAACACCUUGCGAAGCCCCGCCCCCUCACAGAAGCCAUGCAGUAGUAACUGGAAGAAGCAGAACAGACACUCCAUCGAUGGUACGGCCACGAGAGCGUUCCACCCCUGCACCGGCCUGCCCCUGCUCUCCAGCCCGGUUCCUCAGAGGAAGAGUCAGACGGGGUAUUUUGACUUGGACACGUCUCUGAUUCAGUGUAAAGGAGCUCCCUGGGCCUCCACUAAGAGAGUGUGUUUGAAACGAACUGAAGACUCAGAAGAACCUCAGCAGCUCCUGAGCGCCAGCGCCCCUCCUGCCAGUCUCAGCCUUCUGGGAAACUUCGAGGAGUGUGUCCUGAACUACCGCUUGGAGCCGCUCGGUACAGUCGAUGGUUUCACAGCUGAAGUCGGCGCUAGCGGUUCGUUCUGCCCGAGUCACAUGACCUUCCCGGUCGACGUUUCGUUCUACAGCGUGUCAGAUGACAACGCUCCGUCUCCAUACAUGGGGGUCAUAAACCUGGAGUCUCUGGGGAAAAGGGGCUAUCGAGUGCCUCCAUCAGGAACCAUUCAAGUGACCUUAUUUAACCCCAAUAAGACGGUGGUGAAGAUGUUCGUGGUGAUGUACGAUCUGAGAGAAAUGCCAGCCGGCCAUCAGACAUUCCUGAGGCAGAGGACUUUCUCCGUCCCCGUCAAACGCGAAUCAAACGGACAAAACCACAGGAAGCCCCUCACCCCUAACCAGGGGCGGACCCUGCGCUACCUCAUACACCUGAGGUUCCAGAGUUCCAAAUCUGGAAAGAUCUACCUCCAUCGAGACAUCCGGCUUCUGUUCUCUCGCAAGUCAAUGGAAGUGGACAGUGGUGCUGCCUACGAGCUCAAAUCCUUCACCGAGUCUCCAGCUGAUCCUCCUUUCUCCCCGAGAUGCUGAUCGGAUCACGUCCCGUCUAACGUCGCGUUCCCACUCCAGCACACGGAACUUACUGAUGUCUGAGCUCACACACACACACACACACACACACACGCACAUGCACACACACACAAAGAGAGAGAGAAAUUAUAAAAAAUAUAUAUUCUUCUUACUGUCUCUUUCCACAUCCCUCUGUCCCUCCCUUAUCUCUCUUUACUUUGCUUUAAAUCUCUCUGUCUGUUUUUCACUCCCCUUCUCAUCCUUGUGUUUGUUAAUAUUAUAUUUUAUUUUCCUUCUAUUUUUGUUUCUGUCCCGUUUAAUGUAGUUUUUCCCUCUGUUCUCCAUCAUUGCUUUAUAUUUUGUGUUCUAUUUUCUUGUUCUUCUUGUUCUCUCCCUUUCUCUCUAAUGUUUUUUUCCUCUAUGCUUUUCUCUCUCUCUUUGUCACUGUCUAUCUCUGUCUUUUUUUUCCCCUGGCAUUCCAAGUUAUUCUUUCUUUCUUUCUUUCUUUUUUUCUGUCUUUCUUUCUUUCUGUCUUUCACUUGUUCCUUCCUUUUUCUGUCUCUUUGUCUCGCUCCUUUGUCCCUUUCUUCCUUUUUCUCUGUUUGCUUAUUGUUCUCUCUCUCUCUCUCUCUCUCUCUCUGUGUAUGAAUCCUCUGUGCUUGAGUGGGAACUUUGUGAUUUUGAUGCAGAUCUGAAGCUCCUCCUCUGAGCUUUGGUGCAGUUCGUGAAGGAAUAAAAAAAAAAGAUAAAAACAUUCUGAACUUUAAAUGGAAAAAAAUGAAACUAAAAUAUGGACCAGUUUUUAAUGACAAAAAAAAAAACUAGAAGCAGCAGAUGAACAGAAUAAAGACUUUGGAUAGAGCACUGUGUUCCUCCACCGCAACUGGAAAAGGAAAUGAGUCAUAUUCUACUCUCUCUCUCUCUCUCUCUCUCUCUCUCUUCCCCCCCCCUCUCUCUCGUCCUUUUUUCCCCUUUUUAUUUUAUUUUGUACUGUUACCGAACCACUUUAAUCGGAAGUGUUGCAAUAGAGAAAAAGAAUAUCUUACCUAGCUUAGUGUUUACAUAUUUACUUUGUCAGUUAUUUAAUAUUUAAAAUGAUAUUUCAUUUACUGCACAUGUGACGCCUGUCGUGCUCAGCAUUAUGAUGUAGUGCAAUAUGUUUCAAUCAUACCGUGUAUUUUUGACUAAUAUUCAAAUCUGAAAUAAAAGAAAUAUAUCUAUAUCUAUAUAUCUAUGAAGAA